AAAAUUCAAAGUAAACAAAAACAAACCAUCUGUUAGCAAAAAUAAAAAUAAUCAUUAUUAAAAAGAUAAUUUACAUUAAAUAUAUCUAUCUGAAAUUAUAAAAAAUAGGCAUGUCAAUAGAAGCAGUAUUUAAAAUAUCAUCUAGAUUAACGAAAAAAUUAAUUAAUAAAUAUAUAAUAAUAAUAUCUUUAUUAUUAGGUCAAUAAAUUGUUGUUGAGGUUAGGAUGAAUCAGUAAAAACUAAAAACUAAAAUUCAUACAGUCACGCGCGAUACUCCAAUAACACGUAAUAAAUAAUAUUAUUUACAAUAAAAUAAUAAUAAUAACACCCAAAAGGGUGUUGUUGUUGUUGAUAAAAAAUUAAUCAUGAAAGAUAAUGAUUAUUUUGCUCAAUCAUCACGUACAACAAGUGCAUCAUCAGUGAUGGAUUUGAGUAUAGAUUCAGCAAGAGGAAGAUUUCCUUUUUGCAUUGUAUGGACACCAAUUCCACUUUUAACAUAUUUUUUUCCAUUUAUUGGUCAUAUGGGAAUAGCAACAUCAACUGGAAUCAUAAGAGAUUUUGCUGGACCUUAUCAUGUGUCAGAGGACAAAAUGGCGUUUGGUAAACCAACAAAAUAUUGGCAACUUGAUUAUUCAAAAGCAAAAGGUGGUGUUGCUGGUUGGGAUGAUGCUGUUGGUGAAGCUAGUGAUAUUUAUAAAACAAGAAUGCAUAAUUUGUGUUGUGACAAUUGUCAUUCACACGUAGCAACUGCAUUAAAUUUGAUGAGUUAUGACAACUCAAGCUCGUGGAACAUGAUCAAGCUAGCAUUUAUGAUUCUCAUCUAUGGAAAAUAUGUUGGUAUCUUAGGAUUCAUCAAAACUUGGACACCUUUUCUUUUCAUUGUUGCUGUCAUCUUGACUUACUGGUUUAUCAUAUAAAUUAUUAAUUUGUUAUUACUCAUAUAUUAUUUAUAC